AUGGGAAAGACGUUCCAAAAGAUUCAUGCUUCGUCAGUUGGCAGCUUUUGCGGGAAUGUUCAAACUGCAAAACGUCUCGGGACUAUCAAGAUAGUAUCCUUCGAUUGGCUGGAAGACUCUCUGAUGUCGAAGACCCGCAAGCCGAAACGCGAGACCCCGUAUCUUCUCGAGACCAUUCUUAGGACCUCGAAGACGAAGUCAGAAAAGACUGAGAAGGCCCUAAUAAGCCAGAAGCAGACUGGGAAGCUCAAGCAAAAGCGCAUCAUCGGGAAGCGCAAGAGCUCUUCCGCCUCUGUCACAGAGCCGUCCAACUCCGCUGUCUAUACGGAUGAGACUACAGGCACGACUUAUACCGCCAUUCUUACCCGUCAGCUUCCGUCCAAGACUUCUAGAGAGAAGUACCAGGUCAAGAUAUACCAGUCCAACACGGAGCCUCGCAUUUAUGCCACAUAUUCGAAAUACAGCCGCGUUGGCCACUCCAAGACUGAAUUUCUGGCGCCACUCGGAAGCACACUUGAUGUCGCGCUCGCUGAAUUUGAACAGUUUUUCGAAGAUAAGGCUGGCAAGAAAUGGGAGAAUAGGCUAGAUGGAAUCCCACCUUCUCUUAAGCAGGACGACAAUGGAAACCCGCUUGCUCCUCACGAAGGAUGGUUCUCCUACGAUAGCGAACACUCCCUGAUAUCAAAUUUUCUUCGCCAGGGCCCCGCUACAGCUGGCCAUGAAGAGGCGAAUGAUGUUUCUCAUACCGAUGUGGUCCCAGGUCCCUAG